CGAGGGUUUGGAUUUUGCGCGAGGCCGUCAGUAUCUGCAUCUCUCGCAUCAGCGCCACACACACACUCACACCACACACACAUACACACAUACACACACAUCCAGCAUCUCCAUCUCGACGCUCCACCUGCCCUCAUCAACAAGCUGAAUUCAAACUGUGUUUGAGCCCGUACAAAGCGUUCAAGUUGACCGCUUUCGGCUGGUGAGAAAGGAAAUAAUACUUUAAAGAUGGUGAAACUGGGGAGUAAUCUACAAGACAAAGGAGCAAAAGCUGUUAGCGUUGAGGACGGCUUUCAGAACGUCCCUCUCAUCACGCCCUUGGAUGUUACUAAUCUUCAGUAUCAAGCCCCAGACAAGGUGGUGGUCAAGACAAGAACUGAGUAUCAAACGGAACAGAAGAACAAGGCUAAGCUGAAGGUUCCCAAGGUGGAGGAGUUCACCAUUAGUGUGACCGAUGGAGUUUCUGAGAGGCUGAAGGUCACCAUCCUUAUUGUUCUGGCCUUAGCCUUCCUGGCCUGCAUAGUGUUCCUGGUGGUGUACAAAGCCUUCACCUAUGACCACACCUGCCCUGACGGCUUUGUGUAUAAGCACAAACGCUGCAUCCCUGCCUCGCUGGAGGCCUAUUACACUGCCCAGGACGGCAACAGCCGUGGGCGAUUUUACACCGUCAUCAGCCACUACAGCAUGGCCAAGCAGACCACCUCGCGCUCGCUUUCCCCAUGGCUCCCGGCUGGAAGCGCCCAACAUGACGUCAAGCCCCCCAACACAGACAGCCAAUGAGAAUCUGCCGCUUUCUAAAGGGUUUUCAUCACGUCCAACUCAGUCCCCCAAUUCCCCAACAUUUCAUUCGUUUCUUUGAGUCUGACGUUUACGUUUUUAGCUGUGUAGUUUUAAUCUUACUCCUUUCUGUUAUCCAUUACUAUUUAUUUUCGUUGUACAUUUGAUUUCGUAUUUAUUAUUCAGCUAUUGUUUGUACAAAGGCAUGACUCUGCAAUCUUGUCCAGCGGUUUCCCCCACAAUCGAUGUCUGUGAGUGUCAAUGACCCAUAAUGGAUUCAGAAAUACCCCAUAAGCCCCUUAGUAGUUAGGUUACAGCGAUCAGGCAUGAUAAAACACUGGGAGUUUUGUGCAUUUAUCUCUAAAACAGAAGAAAAUAUAGAUGCUCUCUUAUUAGAAUAUGAAAACAGAAACCCUACCUGUUAACCUCAUUUUUAUGUACGACCUAUUACAACAUACUAAGAAAAAUAAGGUUAUAGGCCAGCACUAAAGUGGCAAAAGAACAUAUUCUACAUGUACAGAAUGGUAUGGUUCCUACUUUGAACCUCAAUGUAAAUAAGUCAUGAGAGCAAUUACCUUAUAUGGUGUGUUUCUCCGUCUAGACACGUUGUUACAUUCACACUGUUUCUCAAUGGAUGGAGGUGUUUAGAGCUUCGCGACUCGCUUUAGCUGGUGUUUACGCUUGCAUUUAACCAGGGCCCAAACCUUGGACUCUUUUGAGAUGAUCUGGUGAAAUGUUUCAUCCGAAUUCCUGCCAAAGCUUGAUUUUUUUUUUCCUGCUCUGUUUGGUCACAGGUCUGCUGUUUUUUCCAUUUUUAUAUUUGUUGUCAGAAAAUGGAACUUUGGAAUCUUGUGGUGUUGUUAGUUGAGAUGUAGCAAAGCCUUGAGUAUUUUCGAAUUGUGUAUUCUUUAGGUUGAAAAUAAUAAAAAUAUACAAGGUGUUCAA